AUGGACAUGACUACUCUCGAGAAGAUUGAUGACGAGGAUAACAUGGUUUCCAUUGCCGUGGGCAAUGAAGUUAUGACUUUCACGGCUGACUAUCUGCUUGGUUGGAUUGAGUCUCAGCUCGCGGGCUUGAAACAUCCUACCCGCAUCACCGUCUUCUCCAUUGCGCCCGACGGUUCUCAGCAGAGCGUUCUGCUUUCAGCCAGUGUUUGGCAGCGACAUCUGCUUCGUGGCCCCUGGAAAGAUUACUUCACCAAAAUCUGGGAAUCAUUUACCAUCGCUGAAGCAGAAAGAGAAGAGAUACUAUCAGGUAUUACAUCUCGAGAUAGUUCCUUCUACAAAAGCUGCCAGGAUUUCAUCUACGACUUGAGACACUAUGGAAACAACAAGUCUUCUCGCAGCCGCCUGGAAAGCAACGGCCAUCAGUUCUACAUAGGCGAACCUUACUUUCGCGCUGAAGUUCGUGACAAGAUUCUUCAGCUUCCGACAUUCCGGGGUACCUUGCAGACUAGCUUGAGAGUUCUGGAGGCUAAACGCGCCGACAGCACUAUUUGCGCAUCCCAUGAUUUAUCCCCUAUCUUUGAAGCUGCUCUUGGUGUCUCCUAG